CUCCCGCGCGCGCUCGGCUGGUCCUGGUCCCCGGGAGGAGAAGCGGAGGAGGAGGGACGAGCCGGCGAGGCGGCCCAGGGGAGCGGGCGCGAGCGGCGGCUGCCGGAGCCGCCUGUGCACGGGCGGCGGCGAGGGUGGCGAUCGCCCGAGCGGCGAGAGCCGGGGCGGCGCGGAAUCCGCAUCCGCCGCGAGUGUGAUGAAGCUGCCCUACCUCGCUGCUCCGCUUGCCGCCAGCUGACAGCGCCUGUACCCAGCCCGCUCGGGAGGGGAGACGCCGCGGGGCCGUGACCUUGGCGGAGGAGGGGAGACUGAUAAUUCCUGUAUCUGAGAGUGGACCAACUUUUGGGUGACAUGGCCCAGGGGAAUAAUUAUGGGCAGACCAGCAACGGGGUGGCAGAUGAAUCACCCAACAUGCUGGUGUACAGAAAGAUGGAAGAUGUCAUAGCACGCAUGCAAGAUGAAAAGAAUGGAAUUCCUAUUCGUACUGUCAAAAGCUUUCUUUCCAAGAUACCUAGCGUCUUCUCUGGGUCAGACAUUGUUCAGUGGUUAAUAAAGAACUUAACUAUAGAAGACCCAGUGGAGGCGCUCCAUUUGGGAACGUUGAUGGCGGCCCAUGGCUACUUCUUUCCCAUCUCAGAUCACGUCCUCACACUCAAGGAUGACGGCACCUUUUACCGGUUUCAAACACCCUAUUUUUGGCCAUCAAACUGUUGGGAGCCGGAAAACACAGAUUAUGCCGUUUACCUCUGCAAGAGAACAAUGCAAAACAAGGCAAGACUGGAGCUAGCAGACUAUGAAGCUGAGAGCCUGGCCAGGCUGCAGAGAGCGUUUGCCCGGAAGUGGGAGUUCAUUUUUAUGCAAGCAGAGGCACAAGCAAAAGUGGACAAGAAGAGAGACAAAAUCGAAAGGAAGAUUCUUGAUAGCCAAGAGAGAGCAUUCUGGGAUGUACACAGGCCUGUGUCUGUCUACGGUUUACAAAAUGAUAUUAGGAGUCACAGUCCUACCCACACGCCCACACCGGAAACUAAACCUCCAACAGAAGAUGAGUUACACCAACAGAUAAAAUAUUGGCAAAUACAGUUAGAUAGACAUCGGUUAAAAAUGUCAAAAGUUGCUGACAGUCUACUCGGUUAUACAGAACAGUAUUUAGAAUACGACCCGUUCCUUGUGCCACCUGAUCCUUCUAACCCGUGGCUAUCUGAUGAUACUACUUUCUGGGAACUUGAAGCAAGCAAAGAACCGAGCCAGCAGAGGGUAAAACGAUGGGGUUUUGGCAUGGACGAGGCAUUGAAAGACCCAGUUGGGAGAGAGCAGUUCCUUAAAUUUCUAGAGUCAGAAUUCAGCUCAGAAAAUUUAAGGUUCUGGCUGGCGGUGGAGGACCUCAAGAAAAGGCCAAUUAAAGAAGUGCCCUCGCGAGUCCAGGAAAUAUGGCAAGAAUUUCUGGCUCCGGGAGCUCCCAGUGCCAUUAACUUGGAUUCCAAGAGUUACGACAAAACCACGCAGAAUGUGAAGGAACCUGGACGAUACACAUUCGAAGAUGCUCAGGAGCACAUUUACAAACUGAUGAAAAGUGAUUCCUACCCACGUUUUAUAAGAUCCAGUGCCUAUCAGGAACUUCUACAGGCAAAGAAAAAGGGGAAAUCUCUCACGUCAAAGAGGUUAACAAGCCUUGUUCAGUCUUACUAAAAGGAUCACCUUGUAGCACGGAAGCAGAGUGGAGUCAUUGCACACACAUUGUAGCUCCUUGUUGUUACCUGGCGCAGAGGACAUUAGACCAAGAUGUUGCAUGAGCAAAGGACCUGAAUUGUUAUUUUGUGUGUACAUUCCAUCUCCAAGGGACUCUACCAUCUCAAUGCCUCCAUUUCAAACCGUUGUCUGCUUUCUUUCUCCUUAUACCAAGCUGGAUCUAUGUCUUUUCCUUUUUAACAAGUUCAAGUGAAGUAAAACCUGUUUUUUUUUUUCUCUCUCUCUCUCUCUUUCUCUUAAAGCUACCGCUAGACACACAGUUCACUGAAAAUUCAGUCAGUCACAAACUGGAAGAAUUGUAAAAGAAAAAAAAACCAUAUAUCAAUAAGUAUACAUAUGGCUUCACAUUUAUUAAACAAUAAAUUAGCACAGAAGGUUUCAUUUCACCGAUGUAUUCACAGUCAGAAACAAGCUCAUGUCUUUGUUGUCUGUACACUCUCGGUUAAUGUUUCUUGCAUUUAUUUUUAUACCAUAUUUAAAGAAGAAACACCUUUUACUCCAAAUGUAUUAAAGUUGAUCCCUUCUCUGUAAA